GGGGGGGCGGGCGGGCGGCGGCGUGGGGUUUGGGCGGGAAGGUGCGAGGCGGGCGCUCACCUCGCGCACCGUCACCGCCCGGCGCUCGAUUUGACAGCUCUGCACGAUGAUUUCAACAUCACACAAGCACAGGAAUUUUGUGUCUGAACCAAUGGGAAACAAAUCAGUUUCUGCCUUGGCUGGUAUUGGAACAACACUUGGGAGAAAACUGGAAGAACAAGGUUUUGAUAAGGCAUAUGUAGUGCUGGGCCAGUUCCUUGUUCUGAAAAAGGAUGAUGAAUUGUUUAAAGAUUGGUUGAAAGAUAUCUGCGGAGCCAACAGCAAACAAGCUGGACAAUGUGCCACCUGUUUACAGGAAUGGUGCAAUGCUUUCCUCUAGUUAGUGCAUUCCUGUCUAAAGCAUGAUUUGGUUUACUAAACUUUUUUUAAUUCAUAAUUUCCCAGUGGUCAUCUCGUGCAUGGAAUACACCAUCGUUCACUGGCUUGAUGCAGAUUAAUACCAAUUUUACAUGCAAAAUCAAUCCCUCUGUUAAGAAAAGCAUCACAGCCAAGGGGAUUGCUAGUUUCUUACACCAGUGCUGUGGUUUUAAGGCCAGAUUGGCUGUGUCUGCACUGCUGUUUAACAAAAUGAGCAAUAGAACCCAAAGCCAAAAUAGCAGCAAAUCUGGUAAUGGUGUUAAGGAAAAUGUUCUGACAGCAAAUUUGACCUCCCAUUUACUCUGACUAUUUAGAGACAGAAUCCCUCAGACAGGUCAGUUUUCAAAUAGCUAGAAGCUGGUGCAAGAUGCAUUGCAUCAGCAGCUUAAUAAGUCAUAAGUUCAUAAAUGGUCCACAAAGCCAAAGUUACAGGAAUUGG